GCGUAUCAACAUUAGCGAAGUAUUGGCCCUAAAGGAAAACAUCAAGCACAACAGUUUCACCAUACGGUGCGACAUCAUGGUGCUGGACGAUGACACUGCCGCCGCCCCUCCUCCCAUCAUCGUGGUGCCGCCGUCCGACAUGCGCUAAAAUUUCACUAACUUUCUCCUGACCGGGAGGGCACCGACAUUGUCUUCGAGGUCGGCAGCGAGAUGGUUGCCGCCCACCGCUGCGUUCUCGCAGCCCGCUCUACUGUCUUCAAGGCGUCGCUCUUCGACCCCAUCAAAGAGAGGACGUCGCUGACGACGACGGCCACUAUAGUCCAGCAGGUAGACGACAUGGAUGCGUCGGCGUUCAAGGCGUUGCUUGGGUUCAUCUACGGCGACUUGCUGCUUGUGUCGGCCGACGAUGAUAACGAGGGUGUCCUACUGCGGCAGCUGCUCGUCGUGGUACAUCGGUACGACCUCCCGAGGCUAAGGGAGAUGUGCGAGAAUAAGUUGGGCGAGGUGCCGUCAUCCGAUAUGCAACAGAACUUCACCGACCUUCUUCAGUCUAGAGAGGGCACCGACGUGGUUUUCGAGGUCGGCGGCGAGACGUUCGCCGCCCACCGUUGUAUCCUCGCGGCCCGCUCUACCGUCUUCAGGGCAUUGCUCUUAGGCCCCAUGAAGAAGGAAGGCACGUCGACGGUGGUACAUGUAGAUGACAUGGACGCCACGGCGUUCGAGGCGAUGCUUGGGUUCAUUUGUGGUGAAUCUCUGCCGGUGCCGGCGGACCAUGAGAACGAGGGAGUCAUGCUACAGCACCUGCUCGUCGCGGCGGAUCGGUACGAUGUCCCGAGGCUCCGGUUGUUGUGUGAGAAGAAGCUAUGCGAGAACAUUUGCGUGAGUACGGCGAUGACCAUCUUGGCACUUGCUGAGCAGCAUGGAUGCAAUGGCCUGAAGAAGGCAUGCUACGAUUUCCUCCGGUUUCGGGAUAACCUGAGGGAGGCGUUGGCCACGGACGGCUUCGAUCAUCUCUGCAGGAGCUGCCCCACUGUUAUGAAGGACGUGAUCCUUGCCAUGCUUCAAUUUUCAUAG